AUGGCAACAUCACCUUCAAAUCUCGAGGACGGUUCCUCGCCAACGCCCGCGGCGAAGUCUGCUUUGGCGACGGUCGGGAGACAACUCUUACCAUUCGUGAUUGGAGGCGGCUCCGGGAUCGUUGCAACAACAUGCGUUCAUCCGAUUGAUAUGGUCAAGGUCCGACUACAGCUUCUGGGCGAAGGUUCAUCAGCAAAAGCGGCUUCACCUUUGGCCGUCGGACGACAGAUCGUUGCCGAAGGUCGAUUUCUCGACCUCUACUCUGGAAUAUCGGCAGCAUGGCUUCGACAGGCAUCAUAUGCCACCCUCAGACUUGGUUUCUUUGAUCGAUUCCAGGCUGUGCUUGUGGAGCGAGCAAAAGCCAAGGAUACCACGAUCGGUUUCGGAGAACGAGCACUGGCAGGUCUGGGCGCUGGAGGAUUGGCGGCGGCGAUCGCCAACCCUUCGGAAGUGGCUCUCAUUCGAAUGCAAGCAGAUGGAAUCAAACCAAAAGCUGAACGAGCGAACUAUCGUUCUGUUGUCGAUGCUUUGGUCCGUAUCGGCAAGACAGAGGGUAUCACUGCGUUGUGGUCAGGCUCGUAUCCUACGAUUAUCAGAGCAAUGGCAACCAAUUUCGGGCAGCUGGCUUUCUUCUCCGAGUCGAAGAAUCAACUGACGCAACGGACGAGCCUUUCGGGGAGGAAUGUCACGAUUGCAUCUUCUUGCGUGGCUGGCUUCUUUGCGGCUUUCUUCAGCCUCCCGUUCGACUUUCUCAAGACGAGAUUACAACGUGGUGGUUCAACUUAUAGCGGAGUGCUCGACUGUGCCGUCAAGGUCGCGAAACAAGAAGGCCUGCUGAGAUUUUAUCGAGGAUUCGGGACCUAUGUGUUACGCAUUGCUCCCCACUCGAUCAUUACGCUGAUUGUAGCGGACAACGUGAACGCGGUGGUCAGACAACAGCUAGACGGCGAGGUGGUGGAAAGGCCCUAA